CAUGAUGACUGACUGACUGACGAUAUUCCAGUAUUAAAAUAAAUAAUAUCGAGUGAGUGAGUCGGACAAAACUGAUUAAAAAACUGUGGCGAUUCGCUGGCUGGGUUUUUGAGUCAUGUGGAAGUACACAAGUUCUUAAGUAUGUGUGCGAAAAAGGGAGGAUUUUUGCGAGGAAUUAGUUCGUGGUGGUGUGAGUGAAAUUGGCGAGGUGUUUUGGCGAGAAGGAUUUGGUGAGAAUUUGGGAGGUUGUGGUGAGAGCUAUAUUGGAUUGAGGGGCUCAACUCUAAACCUUGUCAUCUGUCUGGUGGAGUGGUGGUAAUUCGAAAAAUGUAAUUGUCCUCGUGGAGGAGAGGACUGGGAUUAUUAUUAUUUUCAUAGUCAACACCACCACCACCACGGACCGUACAUGCAUAAAAGACGGACAUUUGGAACUCAAGUGAUUAUUUAUUAUUACGACUCGUAUGUAGUUUUAUGAGGAAAAACGGUUUAAGGAAAUUUUAGUGCUACGAUUUGCUCAACUAAUUUUUUUGAAAUAAGAAUAAAUUGAACUUCUGGUGUAAAUGUUAUUUUUCUACCUCAAGUGACACGAUUUAAGGUGAAAUUUCCAAUUUUCGAGCAUAAGUGAUUAUAUAUUUUUACUAAUAAAGUGUGGAUUUGUACAUAAGUGCGUAUAAAUAUGUUACAUGAGACGAUUUAAGCCGGAAUUUUUAAUUCUUUAACAUGUAAAUCAUUACUUUUCUUGUGAUUUUUAUUCCCCGAAGUGAUUGAACGGCCCUUUUAUCUCCGAAUAAUAAUAAUAAUUCUGCUCCUACGACCACUUUCACUCAUUAACCAAGUGUUACAGACUAACCAAGUGGAUUCUGUCUCUUCUCUCUCGACGAGUAUUUUUUUAUCCUCUCGUCAAAUCCAGUCCUGCCAGCCACUCGACAAGUUUACUGUUUACCGUCGUUUUCGUCGUCGUCGUCGUCCAUUUAGAAAUAAGUUGUUAGUCUUUGGAUGAGGAUUACCUUGUCGUUAUUCAAUUCCCACGUCCGUCUUGUGGUCGAGCUGGAAUCUGGCUGGGUUAUUUGGUGACACGUCGCAAAGUUUUCCAAGUUGGGGGCUGGGCGACAAUUAUGGGGUGGAUUUUGGCCAAAUUUUCCCUGCACGGACCCACUUCUUGACGAUAAAUUGAGUACAUUCACUGGACGACCAAGUUUGACGACGAUGUACACAAGUGGUGGAGUGGACAAAGUUUGAUUGCGGUUUAUGGAGAAAGUUUGACGUUUCGAAAUCCGGGAGAAAGUCGGCUGAAAACUUGGCCCAGUCAGUUCAACAAGUGUUUUACAACGGAGGAGUUAAUUUGUGAGAAAGUUGGUGAGAAGAGAAUUUGUGACCUCCAAGAGGACAAGAGAAUAGAGAGAGAGAAGCUCGGAUUUUCCUCUCAUUCAUCCCGGUGCAGUCGGGCUGGUAGGAUGGCACAGGUUUUUGCACAGUGGAGAAGAAAUGCGUGAGGUCAUUCGUUUUCGCUAAGGAGAACUUGAGAAAUUUUAAGGCGUUGAAGUGAAGUUGUGAGGAGAAGGACAAUUUUUUGCGUUUUUUUAAAUUGUGACGGAGAAUUUUUGGAAGAGAAGAAGAACGAAAAGGUCAUUCGUUUUCCGGUGAAAAUUUGGAUUUUUUAUCGGAAAUUUUUCCGGCAAGAACGGAAAGUUCAUUCGUUUUCCGGUGAAAAUUUCGAGUUUUUUUUAGUGAUAGAGAGUGGACUCGCAAAUUUUUCAGGGCGAAGAAAAAUGGAAAGGUGAUUCGUUUUCGGGUGAAAAUUUGAAUUUUUUUUAAGACGAAGAGUGGACUCGCAAAUUUUUCAGAGAAAGGUCAUUCGUUUUCUGGUGAAAAUUUGUUUUUUAAGUGACCUAGACUGGAUUCGAAAUUGAGAAAAACGUAAAGUGAAUUUUAAAAUUAGUGAUUGCGUGAAGAAAUCAAUGCGUGAAGAAAAUUUGGGUUAACUUCUCCCCUAAAAAUGUGCACCUGUGUCAAAAUGAACGUCAAGAAGUCGAAAAGUUGUCCCCCGACUUGUCGUGAUCUGUCCAUAAUUUCGUUACUUUGUCUCUGCUGUCUGAUUCCGGGUGGCCGUUGUUUUCUGGAGGAGAACAAUAAAAGUGUCGUGGCUCGAGAAAUUGCUCCUUUUCAUCAGCUAGCACCGGAAGAAAUUCCCCCGUGGGAGGAAACCGGGGAUGAAGAUAAGGUCGUCAACGUGACGGUCUUGUUGCCCUUUAAUCACACUUAUCAGCCCUCCUUGAAGCGGGUAGGACCCGCUAUUUUGCUCGGAUUUGAGACCGUGCGACGCCUCCAACUGCUCCCGCAGUAUCGGAUCGCUCUCACGUAUCACGACUCGCAGUGUUCCAACGUCUUCGCCCCGAUGAGAGCGACGAGAGCGACGAUGAAUGAGGGAAAUGUGCACGUUUUCUUUGGACCGUCUUGCGAACUGGCGUUGGCUCCGGUGGCUCGUGCGCUAAAAUUUUGGAACCUGCCGCUCCUCACGGCGGGCGCUUUGACGGGUGACUACAGUGAAAAUAAAACAAUCAACGGGACGGAAUUCUUCCUCACGACGCGGACGGGAUACGGAUUCCGCGAAAUUGGCAACUUUAUUCUCACCCACUUUAAAAAAUUCAACUGGCGGAAGGUGAUGCUGAUGUAUGAGAAGGACGGGCUGGAAGAAGUGUCGGGCCUCCACACGUGCAAAUUCUUCAUGUCCACAUUCGUCGAAUUUUUAAAGGAGGAGAAAAUGUCCUACGGUAGCUUUGAUCUCGAGUCCAACAACAUCAAUGACACGAUCAAGGACAAUUUAGCUCAAGAGUUGGGACUCAAGUAUUCAGUCGUCGUCCUGUGCGCCUCACCGCGCAAAGUGCGAGACAUUCUCUUGGCUGCCGAGGAGUUGAAAAUGGUCUCGUCCGGAGAAUACGUUUUCUUCAAUGUGGAACUCUUCACAAAUCUGCAGAAAGGUUACAAACCGUGGGAGAAUCGGAAUGAUACGGCGGAGAGGAAUUUACGUGCGCGCCGCGCGUACGAAGCCGUCCUCACGGUCACCGUUCGCCCCCCGCCGGACAGCGAGGAGUACAACUCCUUCGACACCAUGGUUAAGGAAAAGGCCAUUUCCAAGUUCAACUUUUCCUACGGGGACGAACCUGUGAAUCCCAUCGUGACAGCGUUCUACGAUGCCGUCAUUCUGUACGCCAUCGCGCUUAAUGAAACCCUCAAAAACGGCGGGAAUAUUACGAACGGGUCCGAAAUUACGAGGAGGAUGAGGGGAAAGACGUUUCAAGGAAUCACUGGUAAUGUGAGCAUUGACGAGAACGGUGACCGAAACGCGGACUAUUCCCUCCUCGACAUGGACCCCGUCACGGGAGCUUUCCACGUGGUGGCGCACUACUCGGGUCGGACGAAAUCUAUCAUUGAUGUGGAAGGGACGAAAAUCCACUGGGCCGGGAAUCGAGCCACCUGGCCGCCAGACACGCCUAAAUGUGGCUUCGAUGGGACCGGAUGUCCGACCAUGCCGAGAUACGUGAUCGUGGUGAUCGUCCUCUCUUCCGCCCUGGUCAUCAUGCUCAUCUCCUUCUUCUUCAUUUACCGGCACUACAAGUUGGAGGCGGAGAUAGCAUCCAUGACGUGGAAGGUGAACUGGGGGGACGUAAUUACGAAGGGGGGAGAAAGUCGGGGUGGAAAACGUGGCUCCCUCCUCAGCGUCGCCACACAUAGGAACUCCGUCAUGAGCUCCUACUCUGCGGAUUCGCUAGCUAUGGCAACCCCGAAUAAGCAGCUCUUUGUAAGAACUGUGUUCUACAAGAAGAGUAUCGUCGCGAUUAAGAAGAUUAACCGAAAGAUUGAACUUACUCGCCCGCUUCUCCUCGAACUGAAAAGAAUGAAAGAUCUGCAUCACGAGCACCUCGUCCGUUUCAUCGGAGCUUCCGUGGAGCCGCCAAACUGCUUCUUUUUCACGGAAUACUGUCCCCGCGGCAGUUUGCAGGACAUCUUGGAAAACGAGCAGCUAAAGUUGGACUGGACUUUUAGAUACAGUUUGAUGCACGAUAUUGUCAAGGCGAUGCACUACCUGCACGGGAGCGAUAUCCGAUCCCAUGGAAAUCUCAAGUCAAGCAAUUGCGUCGUGGAUUCUCGUUUCGUGUUAAAAGUGACGGAUUUCGGGCUGCACUCACUCCGCGGACCGAGCGACGAUGGGGACGAGGGCGUCGAUUCCUAUGCGUUCUGGAGACGGAAGCUGUGGACAUCGCCCGAGUUGUUGAAGAUGAAAAACCCACUGCCUGAAGGGACCCAAAAAGGGGACGUGUACUCAUUUGGGAUCAUCGUGCAUGAAAUAGCUGCUCGCCAAGGCCCUUUCUUCAUCACGGAGGAGCCCUCCCCUGAAGAAACAGUGAAUCGGAUAAUUGGAGGGGAGAAAUUGCGCCCUUCGUUGGACGAGAUUACGACGGACGAUGAGUUGAUCGUGUUGAUGGAGAAGUGUUGGCACGAGGACCCCGUCGAGCGACCAGACUUCGGCCAAAUCAAAAUGAUCAUUAGAAAGUUAAACAAGGAGAACGAGCGUGGUCCUAGCCUCGUGGACAAUCUGUUGGCGAGGAUGGAGCAGUACGCGAACAACUUGGAAUCUCUGGUCGCCGAAAGGACGGCGGACUACUUGGAGGAGAAGCGGAAAUGUGAGGAAGUUCUGUACCAACUCCUCCCAAAAUCUAUCGCGAUUUCUCUAAUUGCGGGACAGCCCGUGAUGGCGGAAACGUUCGACUCGGUGACAAUAUACUUUUCGGAUAUCGUGGGAUUCACGAAAUUGUCCGCGGAAAGUACACCCAUGCAGGUGGUGACCCUGCUGAACGAUCUGUACACCUGUUUUGACUCCAUCAUCGAGAAUUUUGAUGUUUAUAAAGUCGAAACCAUCGGAGACGCGUACAUGGUCGUGUCCGGCCUCCCUGUACGUAACGGGGUAUGUCACGCGCGGGAAAUAGCCCGCAUGGCGCUCGCGUUGCGUGAGGCUGUUUUGAAAUUUUCCAUCCGCCACAGGCCCAGUGAUAGGCUCAUGUUGCGAAUUGGGAUGCAUUCGGGACCUGUCUGUGCUGGCGUCGUGGGUCAGAAAAUGCCGAGAUUUUGCCUCUUUGGCGACACCGUUAAUACUGCGUCACGCAUGGAGAGCAACGGACUUCCUCUGAUGAUUCACGUAAGUCCGAAAACGAAAGAAGCUCUCGACUACUUUGAAACCUUCAUUCUCGAACUUCGCGGCGAGGUGGAGAUGAAAGGUAAAGGAAAAGUGACGACGUACUGGCUCGUCGGCGAACGUGAGCCCCCACCCGGUUCAACCCCAUCGAUCGAAGACGCACCCCCCGACCUCCUCCCUCCCCCACCACCACCACCACCGAGUGACAACAACAACCAGAAAGUCCUCCUCCCCACGUCGAGCAGACUCGUCGACCGGGACAACCAUCCCAUCAUGUCGACCAACUACUGCAGCGGCGGCGCCGGACUGAACAACACGAACCCACACGUCCCCCUCCUCAAGGGGAACGAUGACACCGCCACCUCCUCAGAUCUGCCCCUCGUCACCUUACGUCACCGCGGGAUGGUGGAGAAUAAUAGAAACUUGUAUAAAAAUUCGAGUCGAAGGGAGCCAGCCGAUGACGCCGCGUCGGCAACGACCACGUCCGAACUUAGCUUUCUGCAACAACCUGAAUCUAUAGCGUAGAAAGAAAGAAAAAAAUUCAGAAAUUAGGUUUUGAAAAUUGGGAGUAUUUUUUUCGAAUUUGGUUUUUGUGAAAAGGGGAAAAAUAUAUUUUGAUGAUAUGUAUUAUGAUGAUGGGCUAUCAGGGUCCAGUUAAAAAAAUCCAGAGGAACAAUAUACUAGUCAGAGAGUCAUUUUGAUAAGUGUAGAAUGAGUUAAUUAAUUAAUUAAUGACUUAAUUGAGUUGGUAAUUGUUAGAAUUUUUAUACGGUUUAUAUUGACAGAGAAGAGAGAAGGGUGGCAAGAAAAGUUAAGAUCUCCGACUUUUUCAUACAGCUCUCUCUCUCGCUCGACACUUUUAAUUUAUUUACGUGUAUGAGGAAAUGAAUAGUUUUAUGGGAAAGUGUGACCAUCAAGUCAGAGGUCAACGACGCCGGUAGAAUUUUACGCGUCGCCGCCGGAGUUAAAUCUGAUUUCUUCAAGAUUGGAACAAUCACCACGCAAAAUUGGUCGGCGUUAACAUUCGCAUGAAAUCGUACAUGAUUGUUUUGUCAAGUUUCUAAAUAUGUGCUGUUAAUUAAUUAUGCAGAUUUAUGCAGAGGGGAGGAGAUGAUUGGAAAGUGGUGCCGGUGUUUAGUGGUCAUAUUUAUGUGGACGCGGAAGUCGUGGGGACAUUAACUUGUACGAUUAGGGGAGGGAGAGGUUUGCAUAACAUGGAGUGAUGAUGGGGACAUUGAAUAACCGUGGGGACAUUGUCCCCACGCUUCCGCGGUCAAUGUUAGGAAAUAUGUAUGUGUGAUGAUAUAGGGUUCCAUUAAUUAAUUGUGUGGGCUAUGUCUCGCCCGACGUAAUUAAUUAACAAAUGGUCCCCUCCCCAAAAAUGGGACAGUAUUUAAAAUGUAAUAGUCACGUAUUUAUGUAUUUGUGUAAAGAUAAGAUUGAGAAAAUUGUAUAAAUCCUAUUAAUUUAAUGGUAAAACGUAAGUGAAAUACGGUGUAAAAUCUCUCUAAUGGAAUUACUACUUAAAAAAAUGAUGUCACAUUAUAUUAAAUGAAUGAAUUAUAUAUAUUAAUUAUUAAUUAUUAUCCAAAAGUAUAUGGUGCUGUAUAUGUAUUUAUGUAUAAAAAUAUGUAUAUAAAAAAGCAGAAUUACAAGAAAUUGUAUGGAAAAAGGGUUAUUUUCACAGAUUUUUAAACACGGAUUCUGACAAAAAAGUAAGUCGAACGGGAAGAUGUUGGAGAUUACGUUAGAUGCCCUAUAAUUCUGAGAUUAUAAUAAGCACAAUUGGUAAAUUGGUGAAAAUUUAUUUAUUUAUUUGCUUCGUGCUACUUCAAAAGUCUUCAUUUGAAGACUUUUUGAUCUGAUUCAAAAUUACUAUGAAUUACUGAAAUGCAUUUAUUAUUCGUAUAACAAAAAUGAAUAAAGAGAAACCCGAGAAAACGUGUGAUACAGA